GAGAGAAUUAGAGACAUGAAAUAUUUUAGUCUGUGUUUACUAAUACAAGUUGAAACUUUCAAACACAAUUUUCAUUUAAGCAUUACUUAUAAGUAGAUAAGGAGUUAAACUUAUAAUACUAAAGUGACAAUCUAAAUAGUGAUUACUCAUUUAUAGGAAUGAUACUAAACCAUUUUGUACUGUGCAUGUUACUAUUAUAACCACAAUGUCUAACCCAAUUGUUCAAUAUGUUCUCUUAAGAAGUGAUUUGUUAAAAGAUUUAGGGUGGUCAAUUGGGGCUUUGGUUGCCCAGGCUUGUCAUGCAUCGACAGCAGCUUUACAUCUGUAUAAAGACGACGAACACACUAUACAGUACUUAAAUGAUCUAGACAACAUGCAUAAAGUAGUUUUAGAAGUACCUAAUGAAGAUUCAUUGAAAAAAGCUGCAGAAAAAUUAAAAGAAAAUUCAAUAGAUUACAAACUAUGGACUGAACAGCCUGAGAAUAUACCUACCUGUCUAGCAAUCAAACCUUAUCCUAAAGAAGCAAUAAAAAAGUUUGUAGGAAAAUACAAGCUAUACAAAGCUACUAUGGUACUUUAAGUAAUUUAUAAUUUAUGCAAUAUAAUAUAUUGUUGCUUUUUUUUCUAUAUUAAAUAAAUAAAUUAUG